AUGGAAAACUGGUCUGUCCCUAACAAUAGAUACCAUAAACCAAUCAAAGGUAAAAUACUGAGGAAUCUACUUUGCAAACAUGGUUUUGAUGCUUGUUUGAUCAAUGAGUAUGCUACCUCUAGGCACUGUCCGAGGUGCUGCCAACUGUCCCUUCAAACCUUCAAGCAAGUCGAAAAUCCUCGCCCAUAUCGCCGUACCCAAAUACCAACUAGAACACGCCAUAGUCUCCUAAGAUGCACCAAUCUAAAUUGUUUGGAGAACAUGGAUGGGUCAGAGGUUAUGCAUCGUUUGUGGAAUCGAGAUCUUGCUGCUGUUCUGAACUUCCGACAUAUACUUAACCAAGUGAGUCAUGAUGAUACUAUAUCCGAGAGGUUUACCCGGGUCAUUCAAAUUGGACUUAAUAGAAUACAAGCCGAAUAA